UUAGGGGUUUUUGACAUAAACUUUAGGGAUAAAUAUUUUGGAGAGUUGGUAACACUGAAUUCAUCAGACAUCAAUAUCAAUAGGGAGAAUACAAUAGCAAAAGCAUUUAUGAUAUUGUUCUUGUUGAGUAUAUCAAUAUGGUGUCAAGUGAAGAAGAAGUAGCUGAUGUACAAACUGCGGGUGAUAUAGAAUGGGACGUUGAUAUGGAGAUACAGUUAUUUUACGCUAUGGCGAACCACAAGCCGGUUGGUGUUGGUAAAUACUUUAAAAUGAUCAAUAUCUGGGAGAAACUUUCCAACUCAAUAACAAAAGAGGUAUCUACGAUAGAUAUAUGGAGGCAUUUGUAUAAGUUGUAUGAUAUGGCAAUGUUGGAGGAUACAGAACCAAUACCUUUUCCGAAUCAUAUGGUACAUUUUAGUCUAAACGAAAGCGAGUAUGGAGCAUUAAUGGAACAAAAAUGUAAAGAAGUGCAUGCAGAUGAUAGUGAAGCCCGUAAAGAUAGUGUAAGCGCUUUGACUACCAAGUCUAGAAAAGAAAGUGGCAGUUCUCAUGCAUCUACAGACACACCUAGUAUUAAAUCUGAGAAAGAUUAUGAUCGAAGGAGAGAUUCAAGAGACUCCAAUGCUUCUGGACCCAGGGACAGUUCAAGCGGCAGAAAAUCAAUAUCACAAAGAGACAAACCACCUAAAUCUAAAAUUAGCUCAGUUGCGGCCUGGGAUUCCCCACUAAUAGACGAAGAUAGCAGCUCGCGGCGCGGGCGUCGCCGGGCGAACACGUCCACGCCGCCCGCCACCACGCCGGCGAAGCGUCGCCGCAUGUGACACACCCACGCGCACUCGUACCACCACUUUUUCUGACACACACAGCGCCCGUGGUGGGGAUGGGGUGACCGUAACAACGCGCGCCCUAGAAGAAACGCUGUGCAUGUGUUUUCAUUCUGAAAGUGUAUAAAUGGACUCGUAACAUUCAGUUGGAGAAAAAAAAGUUUCUUUUUUUUAUCAAGCUAUUGUAUACAUUUUUUCGCUGACUUUAAGCGCGGCGACCGAAUCAAGAAAAUCCGUAACGAAAAUAAACCUAACACCCAAGCUGUGCACCGAGUCAACACAUUUCCACGUUAUCAUAGACUCAACUGGAUAAGUGGUGUGAAACUUAGGGGCAAAACUUAUUAAACCAGAAUUCAUUUCCAGCUCAAUGUACAUUAUUUAUUUUUCAUUAUUUUCUAAAGAAAAAAAUUACUGUGUAAAUAAAAUAAAUAAAUAAUUAUAAUUGCAUAAGUUGAUAAAAAAUACUAUGCAAUAGCUUUAACGCGGCAGUCCCCGAGUGCCACACGUAUUUUAAUUAUAUAUUAGGACUAAGGGCUUUAAAAAAUUCAAUGUAGGAUAGCGCGGAUGACGGGUGUCAUUGACGGUAGGCGUCCACAGACCCGCAUUGUAAGCAUCGGACGCAUCACAUCAAACGGAUUUCAGUAUUCUUUGUAUAGAAAGUCAUACAAGUGCGUCCACUGAUUUGCAUCGAAAGUUCUUGAUUCUGGUAGCUAACUGAGUUACCAGGAAAUGAAAAUUUCAGAGCGUCGGAACGAGAUAAUGUACCACGCAAUUUGUAGGACUAUGUGGCUGUUAAAUUGUAUAACUAUUAAUUAAGCAACAGUAAAAAAAUCAGCUGGUUAUUAACCACUUAAUAACCUCGUUAUUGAUACAAGUUGGGAGAAGGGUUGAGUAACAAAAGUUACCAGAAUCAAGAAUUUUCGUAAAUAAAAAAGUUGAUGUCUCAUCGAGAUGAAGCUACUCACGAAAUAUUAGCUUGUUAGUAAUCAGGUGUACAAAAUGUUCUAGGGAUUCCUGACUAGAUUUUAUUUAUCGUAAAAUUUAAAAUCCGUUUAAUGCGAUGCGACCGAUACGUACGAUGCAGAUAUGUGGACACCUACCAUUAGACGUAACUAGAGGUUAAGAGAGCUCAAGCAAUUUCACCAAGCUCUGUUUGUUACAUGACAAUAGUUUAAAGCACUGUUAAUGUUAUUAAGGUUUCACCAAGUAUUAUUUUAUAUGAAAAAAAUAUGAAACUUCAUAUGUGUUGAUCUGUCACGCAGCAUCCUACAUUGAACAAACAAUAGAUAUUAUUUAUUAUUUCUGAUUAAUAUUUAUUUCUGUGCUUAAAAUCAAGCUGAAACGUUUGUUAGUUUGCCAUAGCUUGCACUCAAUUUAUAAAUUAGGAAGUUUGUAGUGUUACAUACAUGUAAAAAGUUAACUUUGUAACUAUUAAAGUUUAAUGAAAUUCAAAUUUAAAAACACAUUUGUUACGAUUUGUAAUAAAUGUGUAAAAAGUCUAAUACAACACUGUCAUGCCUAAAUUAGUUUUUUCAUCUAAUUAUAUCUACAUAGCACUAAAAAGUGUAGUGUUAAUUUAAGCUUAAUAUUUACAUUAGAAAUUACUUCAAAUUUUCACUAAAUUCAUUUUUGCAAUAUACUCUUACC